AUGUUAGUGCCACAGGGCUUCACAGUGGGCACUACGGUGGCCCCAGAAACACCAGCACCAGCGCCCCAGCCCCCGGGGGUGCUGGAAAUGACGGGCACGGACAAUAUCCGCUUCAGCGGGCACACCCUCGACAAGGCGACCAAAGCCAAGGUCACGCUCGAAAACUUCUACACGAACCUCAUCUCACAGCACUAUGAAAGGAAACAAAGACUCGAGAAACUCGAAGAGUCGCUCAAAGAUGAGAACCUCACGGAGGGCCAGAAGCAAGAGAAGCGGCAGCAGCACGCGCAGAAGGAAACGGAGUUCCUCAGACUGAAGCGUUCGCGCCUCGGCGUCGAGGACUUCGAGCCGCUCAAGGUAAUAGGACGAGGAGCCUUCGGUGAGGUGCGUUUGGUGCAGAAGAAGGACACGGGACACGUUUACGCUAUGAAAAUACUCAGGAAAGCGGACAUGCUCGAAAAGGAACAGGUGGCUCACGUUCGCGCGGAACGAGACGUGUUGGUGGAGGCCGAUCAUCAGUGGGUGGUGAAGAUGUACUACAGCUUCCAGGACCCAAUGAAUCUCUACCUCAUAAUGGAGUUCCUCCCCGGCGGCGAUAUGAUGACCCUCCUCAUGAAGAAGGACACUCUGAGCGAGGACUGCGCCCAGUUCUAUGUGGCCGAGACCGCGCUCGCCAUCGACAGCAUCCACAAGCUCGGCUUCAUACACAGGGACAUAAAGCCGGACAACCUGCUGCUGGACGCGCGCGGGCACAUCAAGCUCAGCGACUUCGGCCUCUGCACCGGCCUCAAGAAGAGCCACCGCACAGACUUCUACCGCGACCUCUCGCGCGCCACCCCCUCCGACUUCAGUGAGCAUGCAUAUAGCUUCCCCCACAGCGCCUCAUACGCACUAUUCUCGACGUCCUCGUCGGCGAUGGACUCGAAGCGGCGCGCCGAGUCGUGGAAGCGCAACAGGCGCGCCCUCGCCUACUCCACGGUGGGCACGCCCGACUACAUCGCGCCGGAGGUGUUCCUGCAGACCGGCUACGGGCCCCAGGCGGACUGGUGGAGCCUCGGCGUCAUCAUGUACGAGAUGCUGAUCGGCUACCCGCCGUUCUGCUCGGAGUCCCCGCAGGAGACCUACCGCAAGGUGAUGUCGUGGCGCGAGUCUCUCACCUUCCCGCCCGAGAUCCCCAUCAGCGAGGAGGCGCGCGAGACCAUUCUGCGCUUCUGCUCGGAGCCCGACCGCAGGCUGGGCUCGCAGCGCGGCAUUGAGGACGUCAAGUCGGUGGGCUUCUUCCGCGGCGUGGACUGGAGCCACGUGCGCGAGCGGCCCGCCGCCAUCUGCGUCGACGUGCGCUCCAUCGACGACACAUCCAACUUCGACGACUUCCCAGACGUGAAGCUCGAGAUACCCGCGGCGCCGAUAUCGCAAGAGGGCGAGGUGGCCUACAAGGACUGGAAGGGGCCGCCGCCGGCGGUGGCCGCCGCCGCCGCCACCGCCGCCACCGCCGCCACCGCCGCGCCUCCCACCCCCACCGCCACCGCCGCCGUCGCCGCACCCACCCCCAUCACCACCACCACCACCACCACCAACACCAACUCCGCCGCCGCCGCUGUUGCCGACCGACGCCCUUCGCGCGCAUUCGGAUGCUCGUCCUGUGCCCUCCUG